AAGUUGCAUCUCGAUCACAAUAUUUCAGUAUAAUAUUUAUGUAACUUUUUAAAAUAAUUAUAUUUAGAAAUACCAGACUAUAGUUGAGUUAUAUAUCCAGUCAAAUAUUGAAUUAAUGUCUUUAUGUUGUGCAUAUAACGCGCUAUUGAAUGAGCUUUGGGGGGAUUUUAGUUUUGCUCUCUCUUUCUCUAUCUACAGCUAAUUCGGUGUCCAUUCACUAUCUUUCAUUGCAACAUCCACUUGGCCCCUUUCCAUUUCUUCAACUCCAUUUUCCUUUCCUUUCCUUUCCUUUCCUUUCCAUGUUCCAUCCCCUUUUUCCUUUCGUGGAAACCCACUUUCCAUUUCCCUAGGAAUCAAAUCCAAACCCAUAACCCUUUUCAACUUUUGAGUACUCUUCUCAACAAACAUUCAAUGGACAAAAUGCUAAGUGUGCAUUCAAAAAAGGGAAACAAACAGUCUAAAAAACCAGUGAAAGUAGUGUAUAUUGCAAACCCUAUGAAGGUGAACACUAGUGCUGCAGAAUUCAGAGCUUUAGUCCAAGAACUCACUGGCCAAGAUGCUAAGUACCCGAUGAUCGAAAGUAGUGUCGGUAGUAGGGGCACGGAAUGCGACAAAAAUGGUAAAUUCAAAAAGGGGUUUUAUUUAUCAGAGUCGCUACCUGACAAAGAUCUUCAAGUUGUUCAUGCAGUGGAUGGAGUAGCUCCUAAUAGUGAAGCAGCAAUGACCGAUAAUUCGGAUCUUUCCUUCGAGGAUUAUGGUGUUGGAGGAGAAGAUUUUGUGCCAGAGUUGCUGGACAAUUUGCCAGGGUUAAUGGCUUCAAACUUGUGGUAUGACUAAAUGAAACUUAGUUUGUUUGUUCUAGUUACAAAAAAAAACUAGAAGGUCAAAUAGCUAUAGUUCUUCGCUAUGUCUCUCUCUCUAUAUAUGUAGUACUUAAAUAAUUAGGUGAUAUAUAUGCAAGUAGCUCUAGCCAUGUCCAACUUGCUUGAUACUACUUUUGUAUUUAGCGGCUAGCUACUCCUGCAACUUGGAGAUAAAAGUCAUUGGUUCAGUACUAACUGUACAACUCAUUCAAGAUCUACCUUAAGUUAGCAAAAACUAAAGGUUUGUUUUAAUGUAAUAAACGUCAACAUUUCUGGAGUAGCUAAGAAUAAAAUUUCAUUUCUUUUGGGGGAGAAUAAACGAAUACUCUCUUUCUUUU